AUGGCAUUAAGUAUGACUCACCAGAUCGGAAGCCUAGUCGGAACUCCAGUGCCGUCAGAAACAACAUCGGCGGAAACAACAUCAACGGUGAACGCGGCGGCGGUGUGGAAAUCACCGGCGAUGAAUCUCCGCGUGAAGGCGAGUAGAUCAGAUGUUAUCGCGGAAGGAUUAACACCGCCGGUAAGUCCGUGUAGGUCGCCGGUGUUAGGUGGAAUCCGGCCAGAUCUAACAGCGGCGUGUCAAGCUUUUACGAUUGAAUCAGAAACGGCGGUGGAGAAGGAACAUAAAGCGGGAUCGAGAUCCGUGAAAGGGAAUGGAGUACCGGUGUACGUGAUGAUGCCGUUGGAUAGCGUGACGAUGACGAACAGUGUGAAUAGGAAGAAAGCGGUGAAUGCGGCUAUGGCGGCGUUGAAGAGUGCUGGUGUGGAAGGUGUGAUGAUGGAUGUGUGGUGGGGAUUGGUUGAGAGAGAGAAAGCUGGUGAAUAUAAUUGGGGAGGUUAUGUAGAGCUUAUGGAAAUGGCGAAGAAGCAUGGACUUAAAGUUCAGGCGGUUAUGUCGUUUCAUCAAUGUGGUGGUAACGUCGGUGAUUCUGUCACUAUUCCCUUGCCGAAAUGGGCUGUGGAGGAGAUGAAUAAAGAUCCUGAUCUUGCCUACACUGAUCAAUGGGGAAGAAGAAACUAUGAAUAUGUAUCACUUGGAUGUGAUACUUUGCCAGUACUCAAGGGCAGAACUCCAGUUCAAUGUUAUGCUGAUUUCAUGCGUGCUUUUAGAGAUAAUUUCAAGCACCUUCUUGGUGAUACCAUUGUGGAAAUUCAAGUUGGGAUGGGACCAGCCGGCGAACUUCGCUAUCCAUCAUACCCAGAGCAAAAUGGCACAUGGAAAUUCCCAGGAAUUGGUGCUUUCCAAUGCUAUGACAAGUAUAUGUUGAGUAGCCUACAAGCAGCAGCCGAAGCUGCGAAUAAGCAUAAUUGGGGAAGCACAGGCCCUACUGAUGCAGGCCACUACAAUAAUUGGCCAGAAGACACUAAUUUUUUCCGCAAAGAAGGCGGCGGCUGGGACAGUGAGUACGGCGAAUUUUUCCUCACAUGGUACUCUCAGAUGCUGUUGAACCAUGGUGAGAGAAUUCUCACAUCAGCUAAAUCAAUCUUUGACAACACUGGUGUUAAGAUAUCAGUCAAAGUUGCUGGCAUUCACUGGCAUUAUGGAACAAGGUCUCAUGCUCCUGAGCUCACAGCAGGAUACUACAACACCCGUAACCGUGAUGGCUACCUUCCCAUCGCUCAAAUGUUGGCUCGUCACAAUGCUGUUUUCAAUUUCACAUGUAUCGAAAUGCGUGAUCACGAACAGCCCCAAGACGCACUUUGUGCCCCCGAGAAGCUUGUGAAACAAGUCGCUUUAGCUACCCAGAAAGCGAAAGUCCAUCUCGCCGGUGAAAAUGCAUUGCCGCGGUAUGAUGAACAUGCUCAUGAACAGAUUUUAAAGGCGUCUCAGUUGAAUGUUGAAGGUAACUCAGACGAUGCAGAGAUGUGUGCAUUCACAUAUCUUAGGAUGAACCAAGAGUUGUUUCAACCUGAUAAUUGGAGAAAGUUUGUGUCAUUUGUGAAGAAGAUGAAAGAAGGGAAAAGUGCUAACAAAUGUUGGGAACAAGUGGAGAGGGAAGCUGAACAUUUUGUGCAUGUUACACAGCCUCUUGUGCAAGAGGCUGUUGCAAUGAUGCACUAAGAAUUGUUUGACCAAAUAUAGAGUUUAGGGUACAGUCACAAUUAGGCGAUGAAAGUUUUAGUGAACCAUCAGCCUGAUUUUUGUGGCUAAAGAUUGUAUAAAUUUCUAUUGUAUUCUACUUCAUUAUGUUACUUGCACCUUAAACUUCUCUAUUUGUUACCCUUUAUUUAUAUGGUAUAAGCCAAUGUAUGUAGUAUGAAGAUCUUGGAGGCAAUGUUUAUAAAAAUUACUUAUUCUUACAUCAUU